CAGAUGAUUAAUAAUUUUGGGUUUGCGUGAGUUUCGCAGUCGUUCCCAGCUGUCCACGCACGCGGCUUCGCAGCUCUCGGUCGAGCAGGGCGAGCGAAGCGCAGCUACCACGGUCCCGUUCCUCUGGUCUCAGGGGGACCUGCAGUUCUGCCUUCUGCACAGCCCGCAUCUACCCUCUGCACUCGUGUGAAGGUUAUCUCAGGAUGCUGUUUAACUAGAGAUUCACUGUCUCAAUGGAAGUGGUACCAGCCUGGGUCCCAGCAGUGGGUUUCACACUCCUGCCCCAUGCAGGAGGAUUUUUAGGAAGCAAGGUAACCAAAAAGGAAAUCCCAGUGUGGUAUGAAUCUCUACAGAAGCCAUCCUGGUGUCCACCUAACUGGGUGUUUGCUCCUGUUUGGGGAACUCUCUAUACAUCUAUGGGAUUUGGCUCCUACCUGGUAUGGAAGGAAUUGGGGGGCUUCAGUGAAGAGUCGGUGGUUCCUCUGGGUCUGUAUGCAGGGCAGCUGGCAUUAAACUGGGCAUGGACUCCAGUAUUUUUUGGAGCUCACAAAAUGGGAUGGGGGUUGGUGACUCUUCUGCUCACAACUGGUAUGGCAACAGCUACAACUGCUUCCUGGUAUAACAUCAACAAAACAGCAGCUUAUUUGAUGGUUCCUUAUUUAGCUUGGCUAACCAUGGCUUCUGCACUUAAUUACCGUAUCUGGAAGGACAAUCACAACAAGAAACAAUCUGAAUAAAGUUUUCAGCCAAAAAGAUAUUUUUUUUUCCCCAGAAGAAUUUUCUAAAUAAAGUUAUGGCCUUAUUUUAUUUUUAGCUGAACUACUUAUACCGUUAGUUGCUAAUUACAAGUUGAUAAAGCAGUACUUCUUUAAAACAAAUAUGCCUUUACUAGGCAAGUCACAAAGGGGUGUAUGCCUGACUGGGUUUUAUAGCAAACUGAAAGAUAGUGCUGAUUGAAAAGU